UCUGAGGUGGAGCAGGGAGAAGACUGAUAGGUGAAAACAGAAGGGACUGCUUUUCUCCCCUGAAGCUAACCUGUGGGAUGUCCACCAAGAUGCUUUGGUAGAUGGUGGGAUCACAGACAGAGUUGUUUACGGAAUGCAUUCUCGAGUUAGCGCGAGGACGUUUUCAGAAGUUGGAGCAGAAACAUGUUGGGUUUCCAGAAGUGGUGAGCUGAACCUUUCUCUGGGGCUGUAUUGUGGACAAACUCUAUUGGAUUAUCCAAGUCUUGCAUAGCACUGGAAUUUGUAAACAGGCAUUAAAGGGAUUUCUUGUUUUUGCAUUUUUGAACGUAAACCGAGACAUGCAUGAUGCAUUUACCGGAUGAUGUGAAGGUACACUUGGAAAACGUUUACUCCUGAUGCAUGCCUAUGUUCAGCCUGUGGUCUGCACCUCUCUGUGUCACAGACCAUCUCAGGACGAGAUUUCUCCUUGAGGGUAUAGGUUGGUUUAGGUGCAGUUCUAUGGGCAUAUGUGAAGCCCUCUAUGACAUUGCUUGUAAAAAGGGCUAUACAAAUUAGAUUUAAACAUGAGCAGAGAUAACAGCAAGUCCAUUCUGAACAAGUUCUCCUCCAUCUUCACUCGCCCUGACCCGGCCGACUCGGAACAGUGGGACCAGGAGACGGCUGUGUUGAAGCUCUAUCGGACCCUCUCAGGAGAAGACUUUGAUUCCGAGAACGAUGCGCCUGGUUUAGACAAGCAAGUAAAUGGCCAUCUGAAAAGAGAGGUUUCCUGGGGUUUGACGAAGGAGAAUGGAGAAACUAAUGUUACAGGGUCACGUGAGAAACAGGAAAUGGACACUUGUGAGGGUGACAUGGAUUUUGGUCGUGUUAAUGUUACCCUGCUGGGAACUUCAAGCUCUUUAUGUGACGAUGUGAACGGCGAGAUCGUCUGGGUGACCGAAGUAAAGGCAGGAAAUUACAUGAAAAAAGAAGAGGAGGAUUCAAAUGGCAAUCGUGCCAGCCAGUCAAAAGAGAGCAUCGAAGUGAGGAUGCCUAACUUGCAAGAAUGUGGUGAUCCUACAGGCGCUGACCCAGAAGACAUGGCCACAAAUCACAGACAGAAUGCAACAUCAGAGGACUGCAGUGUGGAGGAAGAGUCCAUUGAUACACAUUUGCUUUCAGACGGCUACAUCAUACACUCAAACUCACCAACAGCUUGUUAUAAGAAUAAUCCUUCUGAGGUAAACACUGUGGAUCACACAACAACCAAUCAAAACCAACAACAAACUUCGGUCUCUGAUGAAAAAGUAAUGACAUAUGUUCAUAGACAGGAAGAACCUUUAGACAUCAACAACCAAGACAUCGAUCUCCACAAUAAGGACACUUGCUACAGUAGACAGAAUCAUGCCCUUAGCCAGGAGCUCGCCCCAGAAGCUUGCAUUGGGGAUGUGGUCACUGUCUCACCCAUAGAGACUGCUGGUAAAUUCGGUGCUAUUGGAUUGCCCGACACCAAAACACUGCUUAUAACUCUUACAAAGACUGAACUUGUCUCAGAGGAGCUGAACACACCACCAAUAGUUCACAAGAGUUCACAGGAGUUCACAGGACAGGGAGAGACAGGAAGCAGAUCCAACAAAACACAGAACGAGGAUGUCCUGCCAGAUGAACCUGUGAUAGAAGAAGCUGAAGAGACUCAAUUUAAGGAAAACAAAGAGAUUUUUUCACAAACUGCUACCGUUUCAUCCCCAGAAAACACUUCCAAGGCACUAAAUGAGGCUGAUACACAUAGACACAUCAUGAGGUCACAGAUUCAAAUCACCCUAGAGACACGCGCUAUGGAAGCACCAAUCUCCCCUGCUAUAGAGGAACUUGUAAUAACAAACUCCCCUAACCACCUGGACUCUCCCACUGAGGCCACCUCCCGGCCCUUCAGCCCCCAGAAUGGACCUCCAUCUCCAGCCUCGACUCUCCCCAGUGGCCCCUCAUCUGACUCCUCGACCAUCAGAACCAACUUCUCUCCAGGCUCCCCCACAGACAAGUCUAUCCAGCUACCUGCCCUCUUCUCGGGCCUGAGGGUACUGAGGAAGGGGGUCACAGGGGUGGAGCAUGAUACGGUGGCCCAGAUCAGACCGGGGAGGGAGGCUUCUGGGGUCCCCACUGAGAGGAGAGGCAGUUUUCUGAACCAGCUGUCCCAGUUUCUCAAUCUGGACCAUGACAAAGGAGACAGCAUGGGACAGGAGACUAUGCAGGAGAUGAGGCAGGCGGACCCCUCGCAGGGAGCUGAGGCCGUCAGUGAGGCCGCAGAGGAGAAGAAAGAAGAGAAGAAGAAAGAAGAAGGACAGAAAGAAGAAGAAGAGGAGAAGAGCGAGCAGGACACGGCAGAGCUCACUCUCCCAGCUGUGGCCAACCCUCCAAAACCCUCCAAGGAGUCAAAGCCUGCUGCCUCGGGCGCGGAGGCAGCCUUUGGUGCCUUCAAGGCCUUUUUCACUCCCAGGCCUCUGAAGAGGGAGGCAGAUCUGGAAGCUCUGAGAAGGAAGAUUAGGAGUGACAAAGAGGCGCUGAAAGCCAUCUUUGAGAGAGCCUCCUCCAAGACACCUGAGAAGAAAGGCCUCACUGAAUCAAAACCGGAGGGCUCCUGUCCCGGGGAGGGAGAGGACCGCACCCCCGGCCGUCUGCAGGCCGUCUGGCCCCCGCCCAGAGAGGAGAAGCUGGGUCUGAAGUACACAGAAGCAGAACACCAAGCAGCGCUCCUUCAUCUGAAGAGAGAAUGCAAAGAAGAGGUGGCGAAGUUAGAGGACAACUUUGGGCGACAGCUCUCCUCGUUGAGGGAGCAGAAGGAGGAGUCUGUGUACCACCUGCGGCACGCGCUGGUCCAGCUGCAGGCGGAGCUGGACCUGGGACGGAGCCACCAGCGCGGGGACCUCCGUGAUGUGGCUGUCGACACGGGAGAGGACCUCACGCCCCGGUCCUUCCGGAACGUCUGCGUCCAGACGGACCGGGAGACCUUCGUCAGAGCCCUGGAGGAUGAGGAGGGUGGAGGGAGGGUGGAGGGAAGUCCUCAGCCCCUCCAGCACGUGCCCGGGAAGCUGGACCUGGCCUCCAUCUGCAUCAGUCUAGCAGGACAGAGCGAGGACGGGCCGGAGAGGGCCCUCUCUCCCUCCCACCUAGCGCUCCCUCCUCCUCCUCCUCCUCCUCCUCUUCCCCUGGCUGCAUUCGAGUUUACUGCAGCUGGAGGAUUUCAGGCUUCAGAAAAUGAUUCUCCCCCUCCUCCUCCUCCUCCUCCUCCUCCACCACCUCUUCCCCCAAGCCUGAUGCAGGUGACAGGCUGCCCUCCAGCCCCUCCUCCGCUGCCUGGGUGUGGCCCCCCACCCCCUCUCCCUCCUCUGGGGGGUCUGAUGGUGGAGAAGCCCCUCAGGAAGGCGGCUGUGGAGCCGGCCUGUCCCAUGAAGCCCCUCUACUGGACCAGGGUCCAGAUACACACCAGCAGUAACGAAACACUGUGGAACUCUCUAGUUGAGCCAGAUUUAAUCAACACCAGUGAAUUUGAAAACCUGUUCUCCAAGAGUGCAGUGCAGAACAAGAGGAAGCCUCUGUCUGAUGCCUAUGAGAAGAAACCCAAAGCCAGGAAGAUUGUGAAGCUGCUGGAUGGGAAACGCUCCACGGCCGUGGGCAUCCUCAUCUCCUGCCUGCACCUGGACAUGAAGGACAUCCAGCAGGCUGUUCUCACUGUAGACAACUCUGUGGUGGACUUGGAGACAAUAGAAGCUUUAUAUGAAAAUAGAGCUCAGCCAGAUGAACUGGAGAGGAUCAGGAAGCACUACGACUCAUCAGACCAGGACCAUGUCAAGCUGCUGGACAAACCUGAGCAGUUCCUGUAUGAGCUGUCUCAGAUCCCAGACUUUGCAGGCAGAGCUCACUGUGUCAUCUUCCAGUCUGUCUUCAUGGACGGCAUCGCCUCCGUCCAGCGCAAGGUGGAGACUGUCUCACGCGUCUGCCAGGUCCUGCAGGAGCAGCGCAGUGUGAGGGACGUCAUGGGGCUGGUUCUGGCCCUGGGGAACCACAUGAACGGGGGGAAUCGAACCAGGGGCCAGGCGGACGGCUUCAACCUGGACAUCCUGCCCAAGCUCAAGGACGUCAAGAGCAGGGACAAUCGUAUCAGUCUGGUGGACUAUGUGGUUUCCUACUAUCUCCGCAAUCUCGACGAGCACGCGGGGACAGACAGGAGCGUCCUACCUCUGCCCGAGCCCCAGGAAGUGUUCCUGGCCGCGCAGGUCAAGUUUGAUGACCUCACCAAGGACGUCCGCCAGCUCAGACGAGACCUGACAGUGUGUGAGAUAGCUGCUCAGAAAGUUUGCUCCAGCUCCUCUCCGGAUCAUCUACAGCCCUUCAAGGACAAGAUGAAGGCCUUUCUCCUUUCUGCACAAAAAGAACAUGAUGAAACAGAGUCUCUGUUGAUGUCUGCUCAGAAAAGAUUCCAGGAUGUGGUGCUGUACUUUGGCCUGAAGCCAAAGACAGGAGAGAAGGAGGUGGCGAGCGGUCACUUCUUCAUGCUGUGGUUUGAAUUCUGUGUUGACUUCAAGACCAGGUGGAAGAGAGAGAACAAGAACAUCUCUAAAGAGAGGCUGAAAGAGGCCCAGCUGUCUGUGAUCAGGAUAACUGCCGAGAAGAAGGUGGAGACCAGGAUGAUCAACCCCAACAGCCUGAAAGAGAGACUGCGCCAGAAAGAAGCCAGUCUGAGUGCCAGCUGAGAAGACGAAGAGACGAUCCUCUCCAACUCACCUGCUUCUGGAUCAGGGGACAAUAGAUGAACCCCCUUGUGAUGUUGACUCACACACACACACACACAUACACCGUCCAGAAGCUCAAAUAUCAACAUGUGUACUCAGUUCAGUUGCUGAAACAGACUUGUAUCUCAGAGGAAGGUCGGAAGAGUGUCUUUGUACUGUUAAUACAUACAAAAUACUCAUACUCUAAAUAUUUAUAAACGAUAUGAUUAUUAUAUGAAUUAAAUGAAGGAUGGAGAAUUCAGCCCAUCACUAUGAAGCACUUUUCUUAAAUUUAACUUUCUUAAAUAUCUAUCGAUCUAAUGUCAAUAUAAUGUGUUUACUACCGAAUUUAAUAUGGUUUUGUUUUUAACUUUGUUUUUUUAUUUUAAGAAUAGCUUUAGAUCUGUAAAAUUUUCAAAUGUUAAAAUUUCCUCAUGUCUUUUUUAUCUGUCACCCCUCCUUGAUUUAAUUAAAAGAAACAGGCAAAGAUGUUCUGACAAGAUAUACAAAACAAAUUGUAUUCAUCAACUAU